AGUCGUACUUCCCGACAAAUUGUAUCAAAAAUUGAAGCAAACAAGAUCUAAGAGUUCACCCCGAUGGAAGUGGUCGAUAGCGAUAGAAGUAAGACGACUGUGAUCUCGGUCCGAAUCCCUGAUGGUGCAGAACACGGUGACUCACUUACCUUCGAGGCCAAUGGGCAAAAUUUUACAAUCGAAAUCCCGCCUGGAUCAGUGGCGGGAGAAAUCUUGCAAAUCAAGUUGGGAAAAGGAGCCGAUGAGGAAGAUGCAGAAAUGGAAGGUGCCGGUGUCGAAAAGAAGCCCAGCGACGAUGGUGAAAAUAUCACMAUCGAGAUGGUGACUGGGAAUAAAAUAAGUGUUCUCCAGAGCGCUGAUUGUAAUGCUUCUGAUAGAACUCUUUCGGAUGGAACUUAUCAACUUAUUUGGCCAGCAAGUCGGUUCGUAGUGAAAUAUAUUAGCACCCCAGAGUUUCGCAGUCAAAUUCAGAACUCACAGAUACACUCAGUAAUAGAAUUGGGGGCGGGGCACGGGAUCUUUGGCUUCGCCUUUGCCGAUAUCAUUUCUAAUUUCAGUAGCACCAAGAAAGGUAUAAAAUUACUACUGACGGACGUUGAAGAAGCUCUGCCUCAAUUGGAGGCUAACGUUAGAUUCAAUCGCCAGGUUUACCAAGAGAGAGUUGAAAUAUCAACUUUACCUCUAAAAUGGCACAUCCAACCAAUUUCUGGCACAAACAGUAACAUAGACUUUAUUCUUGGAAGUGAUCUGCUUUACAACUGUUCGGUAAUACCCAGCUUGGUGGCUACGAUAAGAAGACUUCUAUGUAAAUCAACGAGGAUACUGAUUUCAGUGCGGGUACGUACCGGUAUAUAUUCGAAUAAUUGAGCGAAAAUAAUAUGAAUCUAUCCAUUCGCAUAAUCUCACGUUUUGUUUCUCGAAAAAAGUGGCGAAAGCCAUCGGAAGAACGGGUUUUCUUUACGAUGUUGAGCGACAUCAUCGAAUGGAAGUUAGUGCACGGAUCUUGUACAUUAGGAUACCAAAUCUAUGGUGAUGGUUCUUAUGAAUCAGAUAAAUAUUUUUCUCAGACCAUGGUUGGAAUCAAAGGAAAUAUUGUUCCGCUAUCGUAUAUAGACAGCACUACAACUGAACAGAUGAGUGCCGAAGAAUUCGAACAGUUCGAAGAGCUUCAAACUCAAGUUUACCUUGGUGAAGCUAUAGAAAGUUCAAGAGAUUUGGAUCACAGGCAAAAGCGACAAAAAGUAGAAGCAUAAUCACCUCUGAGUAACAUUGUGUUGAGUUCUAACCUUCUGACGUUCUCGGCCUAAACUCGUAACAUCGAUAAUUUCUCGAUCAUAUUUGUUCCGAUAUAGCUCCAAGCUAAAAUUAAGGAUGGCCAGGCAAUAAGCAACAUCUCGAUUA